UGCGUUAAGGAAAAAGAAGACUCCUCUGGACAGCGCGUUUAUGGGGUGUGCUUUGUCGACACGUCGGUGGGGAAGUUCUACGUAGGCCAGUUCUCGGAUGAGCGGCACUGCUCAAGGUUUAGGACUUUAGUAGCGCAUUACACUCCUGUGCAGGUGCUGUACGAGAAGGGGAACCUGUCUGUGGAUACCCAGAAGAUACUGAAGGGCUCGCUUGUUUCUUGCAUUCAGGAAGGGCUGAUCUCUGGUUCCCAGUUCUGGAAUGCAUCUAAAACACUAAAAGUCCUUCUCGAAGAGGGAUAUUUCAAGGAGAAGCAGAACUCUGAAAAUGGAUGUUCUCUGCCCUCCGUAAUCAAAUCUCUGACUUCAGAGACUGACUCGCUGGGAUUAACUCCUGGUGAAAACAGUGAGUUGGCUUUGUCAGCUCUUGGGGGAUGUGUCUUCUAUCUCAAAAAAUGUCUGAUCGAUCAGGAGCUGUUAUCGCUGGCAAACUUUGAGGAGUACGUCCCUGUGGAUAUUGAUACUGCAAAAACUAUGAAUUCAGGUAGUUUCUUUGCCAAAACCGACCAGCGGAUGGUGCUGGAUGGAGUCACCCUGAUGAAUUUGGAAGUCCUGCAGAAUGGAACCAACGGAACCACAGAAGGUACUUUGUUGGAAAGGAUUGAUUCUUGUUGUACGCCCUUUGGGAAGCGACUCCUGAAACAGUGGCUCUGUGCUCCGCUUUGUAACCCUAAAUCCAUCAACGAUCGUUUAGAUGCUGUUGAGGACCUUCUGGCAGUGCCAGCUAAAAUGUCUGAAGUCAGUGAGCACCUGAAGAAACUUCCUGACCUUGAAAGGCUGCUCAGCAAAAUCCACAGCAUUGGGUCACCACUUAAAAGUCAGAACCAUCCUGACAGCCGGGCCAUCUUUUAUGAGGAAAUCAAAUACAGCAGAAAAAAAAUUGCUGACUUUUUGUCUGCACUGGAGGGGCUUAAAGUAAUGAGUGAAAUUGUCGAUGGCAUGGAAGAAGUCGCCAGUGACUUCAAAUCUAAAGUCCUCAAG